AUUGCACGUUUUAGUAUGUUUGUAUAAACAUGAAAAUUGUAUCAUAUUCUCGUAUUUUAUAAAUAAAAGAUUUUUAUUAUAAUUUAUGAUUGAAAAACCUAUAUUUUUAAAAUACAAACAUGUUGAUUUAUGAUAUUUUACACAAAGAAACAGUAUAUCAUUCAAUUAUUAAUGAUCUUCGUAAUUACGGAGUUAAAUAUCGUUUAAAAAAGAAUAUGUUUAAAACAGAAAGAUUCGAAGAAAUUAAACAUAUUUCAAAAAAAAUUUUUAAAAUUUCUUUGUUAUAUCAACCAUUAGAUGUUGUGAAUUUAUCUUCUGGUGCCAUUGUACAUGUUCCUGUUUUUGUUAGCCAAGCAUCUACAUUUUUAGAAAAAUAUAUUACUCAAGAAGGAUUAUUCAGAAAAGCAGGAUCACAGCUUAGACAAAAAGAAUUAAUAAUGCGUUUAGAUAAUGGUGGCAGUUUAGGAGAAAAACAUCAUGCUGUUGAUGUAGCUAAUUGUUUAAAAACUUUUUUUAGAGAUUUACCAGAACCAUUAAUUCCAUAUACAUACCAUGAUUUAUUUGUGCAUUGUGUCAUGCUUAAAACUUAUUGUGUACAAGCAUUGUUAUUGGCUUGUAUCCUUUUACCACCACAUCAUUUAAAUACUUUAGCAUUUUUUAUGGAAUUUUUAAAAAAAGUAUCAUUAUAUGAAAAACAAAAUAAAAUGAGUAUUGAUAAUUUAGCAAAAGUUAUUGGACCAAAUAUUAUGCCUUUACAAAAAACUACUAUGUCUGCUGUACAAAUGCGUCUUGAAUUACAUUUAAUUGUUGUUAAGACUUUAAUUGAAAAUGCAGAAAGUAUUGGUGUUUUACCAGAUCAUAUAACACAAAUUAUUUCUAUGGAAACAAUUGGCAGUACAGAUAAUGAAUUAAAUAUAUCCGAUCAUUUACACUCAAAAUAAAAAAAAAAACAUCGCAGUGGAAGUCUUACACGUAAGCCACAUCUAAGUGCCUCCAACCUCAAUCUAAGAAUGUUUAAUGGCUUAAAAAAGAUUGUUAGUAAAAAUGUUGCAUCUGAAGAUAAUAUAUAUGAUAGUCAAAAGAUUCUUGAAAAUACUGAUUCAAUACAUGCACCAAAUAUUAAAUCCACAAAAAAAAGAAAAGUUGAUUAUUUAGAUUCACCAAAUACAAAAAAGAAAAAAAUUGCAGAUAAAAUAGAUAAAUCCAAAAAAAUUAGGCUUAGUUUGGACCGUUUUGUACCAAAAAAGCCAAAAGCUGUUAAUGAAAGUAAAGAAUUAUGUACAAAUAUUCUUAAUGCUCAUACAAAUCGACGAUGGAGUUCUAUUUAUAAUUCUCAUGAUUCACAAAGAACUUAUAGAUCAUAUAGCGAUGGUUCAUCGCACUUAAAAUUAAUUUUAAAAGAUAAUGAAGUAUCAAAUGAUCUUCACAGAGAAUAUAAUAAUAUGUUUAUUGAUGCGGAUGUUAAUUUGUCAGAUAGUGAUGAGCAGGUCUUAUCAAUAGAAGAAGAUAAUAUUAAAUAUAGCAAUCGACAUUCACAAAUAAAUUCAAGUUCAGAAGAACUAAAAAUUUCAGAUAAUUUUGAUCAAAAGCAUGUAUAUUCAGCGAAAAGGAAAUUAAAUAAUUUUGAAACAUACUCACAUUUUCAAGUCACAUCUGUAAAUAAACAGUCAGAGGAAUAUGUUACAAUACCUAAAAGUGAAUAUGAAGAAAUUAAAAAUAGAGUUUCGGCAAUUGAAUCUCGUCUUUCUCAAGAAUUCAAAUGUAUAAAUACCGAAAAUAAUGAGAAUAAUGAUGAUUUGUUAUUGCAUUCUGUAAAAAAAGUACAAACUGCAUAUGAAAAAACAUUAGAAGAAGCUAGUAUUGAAAAUACAGUAACAGCUGAUUAUUUAGCUAAGAAACUUGGUAAAGAACUAAAAAUUAGAAGAUCAAGUGAACAUAAAAUUAUUAGAUCUCCAAGCGCUCGAAAAAUAGGAAGUUUAAAAAGAAGAUCGCAAGAAAAAAUAAUGAGUAAACGUGUUAGACGAAGUGCUUCAUGGCAUAUUUCCCAUGGAUUACAAUCAUAUAUAAAAUCAGAUCAAGAUUUAAAUAAUGCCUAUUCUCAUAAGGAAAAAAUUUUUUCAUUAAAUUAUACAAAGGAUGAUACUUACUUACAACCUAUAUCUACUUCUUUUUGGGAAGAAGAAAAAAAUAAUAUAAUUUUAAAUAACGAGUUUAAUAAUUCAAAUAUAUACACAAAAGAUCAUCAAAAUUCUGUUCAGCCAAUAAAAAAUCGAACAAAUAUGACGGUACGUCGAGUGUCGUCUUUUCAUGGUAAUGAACUUACAAAUGCAACUAUUUAUUCCAAUGAUAAAAUUGAAAAACUAAAAAAGACAAAUAGCCAACAAAAUAUGAUUUUAAAUAAAACAUCUGUGGCUAAAUUAAUUCCUAGAUCUGAAGGAAAGAAGAAAGUCAUGUCUUGGAAAGAUGCAGAUAGAUAUUUUACAUCAACAAAUCAAAUAAAUUCUCCAAUUAUUCAAACUGGCCGUGCAUCAAUUGCAAAAUUAAGAACUCAGAAUGCAGGAAUGGUACUAGCUAAAGCUAAAUUAUUUGAUGAAUGUACAACAAAAAUGUAUGCUCAAAAUAGUAUAAAUAAGAAAAAUGAUUUAUUUAAUACAGAAGAUGAUCAUUGUACAAAUAAUAUAAAACAGAACUGUGAACGAAUUGAAUUAUGUCGAAAGUCAAAUAAAAAUAUAAAAAAUAGAAGUCCAAAAAUAUUAAAACAUUCUCCUUAUAUGGAAACUGAAAAAAAAAAAGAUAAUGAAAUGUGUUAUUGUAUUUUAGAAAAAGAUUCUAUAUCAUGUAAUACAAUUACUCAUCAAAAAGAAAAUAUGGCUGUUAAAACAUUGCUGAUGAAAAAAAUGCCUAUGAAUAUAACUCAUGAGUCAAGAUUAAAUACAUAUAAUACUGAUAAUAAUGUGUUGUGUAAAACUCCACAUAUUAAGAAAUCAUUAACUGCAAAAACACCUAAAAAUGGCAAAGCAUUAGUGAGAAGACCUAUUGUAGAUUCUCAUAGAACACCUUUAAAAGCUGUUAGUCAAUUAGAAACUUCAAAAUAUCAGAAUCCUAAAAAUAUUGUAAAAACAACAAGAAAUAUUAAUAGACAUACAUGUACUUAAUAAGAUACAAAUUUGUUAAAAAUAUAUUCAGAAAAAUUUAUUUUAUAUUACAUUCAUUUAUAAAUUGA